AUGAAAAAUCCUAAAUUGAGAAAAAAUCCCAGAGGGAUACAAACAAGGCUGCAGUUGAAGAGUCUUAUUCCAGAGCUGAAUUCAAAUCUGAAGGGUUCAAUGUUCGUUUAUGUAGAUGUGUACCACAUAUUAGAAGACAUGCUCAACAAUUACCCAGCAUAUGGUUUUGAGAAUGCAUGUACAUCUUGUUGUUCCAUGGCAGGGCGUUUUGGAAGUUUGAUUCCGUGUGGUCCGACUUCGAGCAUUUGCAGGAACAGAUCCAAGUAUGUUUUUUGGGACCCUUGGCAUCCCACUGAUGCUGCAAAUGCUAUCAUCGCAAAGCGCCUCUUAGAUGGUGAUCAUAAUGACAUUUUUCCAAUGAAUGUUCGCCAACUCAUUCAACGUUUAAUCUGA